AUAAACAUAAUAAUAUUUAUAUUCACACUAUCCCUAGCCCUAACCACAAUCCUUACCUUAGUAAACUUCUGAUUAGCCCAAAUGUCUCCGGACUCAGAAAAACUCUCACCCUACGAAUGCGGAUUCGACCCCCUAGGCUCUGCUCGACUUCCAUUUUCAAUCCGAUUCUUCCUAGUAGCAAUCCUAUUCCUCCUAUUCGACCUAGAAAUCGCCCUCCUCCUGCCACUCCCAUGAGCAACUCAGCUAUCAUACCCAACCACUACACUAUCCUGAACCCUUAUCUUACUUACCCUCCUCACACUAGGACUAAUCUACGAAUGAGCACAAGGAGGACUAGAAUGAGCAGAAUAA